AUGACUUCAUUCUGCACCCACAACACCCAAAUUUCAUCUCUGAAAGGCUCGCUCAAAGGCUGCUGCCAAGGCCAUGGGACAAGGCUGUCCCGCCCAUCCAGGACCAGCAUAAAAGCCGGCCCAGAGCCUCUCUCCCUCACACACUUCUCCAGACUCCAUCUGCUCCUGCUUCUUCCAAACACCCUCCACACCACACCCAUGGCCUGCUACAACCGCUGCAGUCCCUGCGGACCCACCCCGCUGGCCAACAGCUGCAACGAGCCCUGUGCCCUGCAAUGCCAGGAUUCCCGAGUUGUUAUCCAGCCUUCUCCCGUGCUGGUCACCCUGCCAGGACCCAUCAUGACCUCCUUCCCCCAGAACACCGCCGUCGGAUCCACCUCCUCGGCUGCCGUGGGCACUGAGCUCAGUGUGCAGGGACAGCCCAUCUCUGGGGGAUUUGGUGGCUUUGGUUAUGGCCUUGGCUAUGGCCGUGGAUUUGGCUACGGGCUGGGAGGCCUGGGCUGCUAUGGCAGGAGGGGCUAUGGCAACAUCUGCUAA